UCCGCUCUGUGGUUUUAUUCGCUUUUCGCACUCCAGUAGUUUUUAAUCACUCACUUCCUGCAAUUUUCAUUUAUGUUUUCCCCCACAAUAACUAGUCGUUCGGAUAUUUAAUGAACCAGAGUGUGAAAAGAAACGCAACUGGUUUUACUCAUACUUAAUUUAUAUAAGAGAUCAUGUAUGAAGCGCUCCCAUCGUCUGCUGCUGGAUCGCGCUCUAAUCAAGUGGAGUCGAAUAUUUUUGGAAAUAUCCUCUGCCGUCGCUUCCUCCAACCAGCGCAUUUGCGCACACCCCCUGCAAGGAUUGUCUUUCUUUCGUUUUCAUUUCCCGGAAGGAUCGAUAUGUGAAAAUAGUAGAGUUUUAUUUCUCCCGAAAGUUAUUUCCAAUCUUCAUUUAAAAUGGAGUUUGGGGGGAUUUAACCUGAAGUUUAUUUGAUUUUUUUGGACGAGCUCUAUCUCUGCUUACAAGGAAAUCAUUCUAUUUUUAUUUUUUUUUAUGUACAGCCGAAUAGAUACAGGGCAUUUCAUGGAGAGCCUUUCCUCGUCACCUUUGGUCAAGCAAGAAAACAGAGCAAACGCUCCUGCAUCCAUAUUCCAUGGAAGGCAAGACAACAUUGCUCCCCGUGUUCAUCACUCCUCCCCGACCCAGUUUCCUUUGGUCAGUCCUCUCACUCAGGAAGACCUGUGGCAUCUGCCAGGGCGGCUGCGAAUAAACCCAUCUCUGUGGGAUAAAGAGGAUGUUGCCCACUGGCUCCACUGGGCUCAGAAGGAGUACUCACUGCGCCGGCCAGAGAAGGGACACUUUGAGAUGAACGGCCGAGCCCUGUGCCUGCUCACUAAGGAAGACUUCCGACGCCGCUGCCCCAGCUCAGGUGAUGUUCUGUAUGAGAUCCUUCAGUGUGUGAAACAACAAAGGAGGAGUGUUGUCUGUGACCCUCAAAACGCAUCUCCCUCCCCGGCAAAUGAACACAGCCAGAGUCAAGCCAGCUGCCGGAUCCACAGGAGCAGUGUCCAAAAGCCCCAGCUUCCCACCGUCAAUGACACCCCAGUUUGCGUCACUUUCACCAAUGCAGUGUCGGCAGCUAUCGUAACCACUGUGAGCAGCCAUCCACAGCCCAAGUUACCUCUCAGAGAUUGUCCCUUGACCUUAUACAGUUACUCUGCUCCACUCACGCAUAUUAAUGGAUCAGCGGCUGUCUCUACAUUGCCCCACAGCCAAAUUCAGUGUCCUCCUCAAACAGAGAGCAUCAUCCAGGAACCCCUCAACCUGUCCAGUCGAGCGACAUCAAGGAGCCAACUGCACAAAGCCAACGGCCGCAUCCCAGAGUGCAGACUGCUGUGGGACUAUGUGUAUCAGCUACUGUGUGACGACCGUUACCAAGAAUACAUUCGAUGGGAAGACCAGGACAACCUGGUGUUCCGGGUGGUCGACCCCAAUGGACUGGCACGUCUCUGGGGAAACCACAAGAACCGAGACAAUAUGACUUACGAGAAGAUGUCCCGUGCUUUGCGGCACUAUUACAAGCUCAACAUCAUCAAAAAGGAACGGGGACAAAAACUCCUCUUCAGGUUUCUGAAACUCCCAAACUCCUCGAAACAGCAGGCUGACCCCGCUGGGUCCCCAGAACACACUCCACCUUCGGAUGGGGACUUUCCAGACAGCAGUCCUUCACAUGAGUUCAGUGGGGACCAUUUUGAGGUUUCCCCUGAUCGUGCUUCUUCACAGCCUCCUCCAACUGGUGCUCCUGUGAGAUAGAAAAAAACUGCAUUAGCUGUACCAAAUACAUUACAACAGCACAAAUGAUUACACAAUAGAAAGGAGAUUGUGCUGUAUUUAUUUUUGGUUUCAGAAUCAGAAAAUAAACCAGGCAGGUACAGGUUUGACAGAAUUCACUGUUAGGUGUAUUGUCAGGAAUUUUUGCACUGUGAGAUUGCUUUUCAUUUUACUGUGAUCAAUGUAUGUAUUACUGUGAUCAGAUGAACACUAAUAAUAAGGGACAACGAAAAAUGUGAAAGAAAUCACAUCGAUAUUCAACCAGCUAAAUAAUCAUCCGAACUUAAAUUUCUCAGGCUUGCUCAACAUAAUUGCUGUUACAAAUAAUGCUCUUAUUUUUCAUAUAUUAAGUCUCGCAGCUAGGUGAUGGGAAUGACUACAAGGUUGUGUCAGUUUCUUAGCAGACUGUUCUUAGAUAGAAUGAGGCAGGAGUUAUUAUUCGUGUUCACACAAAAAUAAUGUGGUGCAGUUUGAAAGCCGGUUUGUACAAGUUCUUACAAUAGUUUGCCCUUUAUUAACCUGAAGGUAUUUGUUUGUGUUGUUUGUUGUUAAAAAAAAAAAAAAAGUUAAAAUUUGGGAUCUGCCUUAGGCUAAACAAUAGUGUUUUCU